AUGCCGCGUGCCAAGGGCCACAGGCGGGCCCUGGCCAUGAAGAAGAUGAGGGCAGAGCAGCUGGAUUGGACCCCCCAGCCACCCGUCCCUGAGUUUGUUCCCCGGCGUGGCACUGGCAGCCGUCACCCAGUGAGGAGAUGGCCAACUUCCCACCUGACCGGCCGUCAGGUGAAGUUGGUCCCUCCAAGACACCUGGAGAAGAAGAUCGUGUUCGUCGUUGGAGACUCCCACCUGAGGGCCGUGGUCGAUGAGGACGUCGCCAUCCCGGAGCUGCCUUUCUGUUUUUCUUUUCUCUCUGUUCCAGGUGGAGUAGCAGCUGACCUUAGGAUGGAGGUGAGACACCUGACCGUCCCCUGGACCCCUGACCUCGUUUGUGUCUGCGCACCGAGCAACAACCUCACAGGUAGUCGUACUAUCGGUGAGGCAGCGGUGGACUUCGACGCGCUUCUGACGACGGUCCGCAGCCGCUGGCCCAAGGUGUUUGUUUUGGACUUCCCUUCACGGCUGAACAUCCCCCUGGACCUGCAAGAGCUGCUCCGUCAGGAGUACCACCGGGUGGCAGCACGCAUGGGUCUCCCAUACGUGGCUGUGGCGGACCACCUGUCAGUGAACCGGCUGAGCCUUUGGUGCCCUGAUGGCGUUCACCUCAGUGACACCGAUGGCAUGCCCAUCCUGGUGGACCUGUUGUGUGAUGCUGCCUUCACUCAGCUUGCACCCCCUCCAUCGGAGCCUACCGCCUCUCCUCAGACGCCCCCCCAUCCCCGGACGUCACCCAGUCCUCGAGUGGCUCCCAGGGUGGUGGUGACUGGACCAGAGCCCCUGCCCCGUCGGAGGCACCCCCGGGGGUGGACUGUGGUUGGACAGGAGGGAAAGGCUGCAACACCGCUGGUGCAACAGUCUGAUCCCAUCCCUUCCAACGCGUUGUGGUUCAGCAGUGCUAUGUUGGAUGCUAUGGAGCAGUUCGCUCCUUCCACUGGGUCUGACGGCAUUGCUGUUCCACCAUCCGGCCAGGCUUCCCCUGGGAAGCAUCGAGUGAGAGGUGUUGCCACCAGGCAUGCCGGACGGAAGCGGCAGGUGCGGUCAUCACCUUCACCUGCCCAUGUGGUUGCCUCCCAGCCCAGAACAGUGUUGGUCAAGGGGGAGGCGGAGAUGCCAGUGGUCAGUCCGGUCCCAGAGGUUGUGAGGGACCAGUCCGCUGUCCAGGAGGGAGCUCAGGUGCCACAGAAGAUCAGCAAAGAUCUUCCCAAGGUUUUUCCAGUAGAUAGGCCAGAGUUUAGUGUAAGUUGUGGUGACACAUGGUCAGGUGAGGUAGGUGUUGCAUCAGGUGAAUGGAUUGACGUUGGGGUGUACGUUAGUCUGCAGAAUGGUUUGGAGAGAAUUUUUAGUCAGUACAGCACUUGUCUGCUGACACUUUGUGGUAAUACGUCUGCCAUCAUCUGUGAGGAUGGACAGUUUGCUGUGGUCGACAGUCACUCUCGCAGUAGCUGUGGCCUGGUACAUGGUGACGGUACCAGUGUAGUUCUACAUUUUUCGUGUCUGGAUGACCUGCAUCAGUAUAUUUGUCGUUUGACAGACAGUCUCACUUCAGGUGAGAAGCUGUUUGAGCUGUCUGCCAUUAGUAUUAGUAGCAUUGUGGGCCCAGCAGUGUCAGGUGUUUCUGUAGAGAGUUGCGCCGCUGAGAUGAGCUCUGCUACAGCACCAGGGUUUAGUGAGGUCUUUGUUUGUGCAGCCCCCUCUGUAUCUGAGAGUGGGGCUGGUGUAGAAGUGAGCCCAGCGGUGUCUGGCAUUUCUGUUCUCACCUUUUCCGCUGACGUUAGCAGUGGCUCAGAAACGGAAUUCACAGUUACUGAUAGUAGAAAGCGCAAAAUUGUUUCGCGCACUUGUGUGUCGAAGAAAUCAAAGUGUUUAGAUAGAACUGCAGUCAAGUCUGAUGUAGAGUUUGUCAAUGCAGUUAGGAAUGUAGAGCUGGUCUUCCGUCCCCUCGGUGUAGAUGUGUGUCAGUCUCUGUGUAGUCAGUUAAAUAUAGAUUUUAUGAAAGUCGGUGGUCUGGUGUGUAGAGAGGCCGGGUAUUUAGGUGUUCCCUGUAGAAACGAGAAGAUAGUUCCAGAUGGGAACUGCUUCUUCAGAGCUGUGUCUCAGGCUGUUAGUGGUUCGCAGAAGAACCAUCGCAGGAUUAGGCUGGCUGUUUGUAGUGAGUUGCAGCGUAAUGCUGAUAGGUAUCAGAGUCUUUUGAGGACUGGUUAUUUGUCUGUUUCGGAGUAUGUUAAACAGUCCAGAAUGAAGUAUGUAAACACUUGGGCCACAGAGGUGGAAAUCCAGGCCACUGCAGAUUGGUUAGGAGUUGGUGUGUGUACAUUUCUUGAUGGGCGUUGGUUAAAGUAUAGUUGUAGAAGUAAGUGUUUGUCAUCAGACUGCAUUUACUUGGAAAAUGUCAGGGGGGAGCAUUUUGAGUCUGUGGUAUGUGUGUGUAAGCCUGGGCAGCAGGGUUGUUAUGGGUACUGUACAGUUGGUGAGGAGACAAGCUACAGUACCAGGUCAACAGUGAUAAAUGUCAUUGACAACGUAUGCUCAGACAGAGAUUAUGUUGAGGUUGUAGAUGGUCGUGGUGCGAGUUAUGAUAGUAGUACUAGUAGUAGCAAUGUGAAGUCCAAGUAUUUGAGGCAGAAGCAAAAUCAGUCUGAGAAAUGUGUGUCACACAGAGAAAGACAUAAGUUAUACUUUAGAGAGAUGUACAGGAAGAAUGUGAUGUUCAAGGAGAAGAAUAUAUCGCGGAGUAUAUUGAAAUACAGGGAUGACAGUCAGCAUAAGGACAGACUUAAAGCAAUGAGCGUGGAGAAAUACAGAGAUAAUAGUCAACAUAGGGACGGAGUUAAAACAAUGAGUGUGGAGAAAUACAGAGAUGAUAGUCAACAUAGGGACAGAGUUAAAACAAUGAGUGUGGAGAAAUACAGAGAUGAUAGUCAACAUAGGGACAGAGUUAAAACAAUGAGUGUGGAGAAAUACAGAGAUGAUAGUCAACAUAGGGACAGAGUUAAAACAAUGAGUGUGGAGAAAUACAGAGAUGAUAGUCAACAUAGGGACAGGGUUAAGGCAAUGAGUGUACAGAAAUUCAGAGACAAUGUUAACCAUAGACAGAAGGUAAGGCAAAAUGUCAAACGAUAUUAUCGCAGUAAUUGUAAAUAUAGGCAGCACGUUAUUGCUCGCGUCAGGUUGAGUCGGAAGCAGAGGCUCGAGAGGUCAGUAGAUUUUGGUUUGGUUAUGGAGCACUUUUUAGAAAAGGUCAGGGAUGGACCAGAUUUUGUGUGCUGUGUUUGUCAUAGGCUGAUGUUCAAAUCUCAGGUGCUGACAUGUGACAGGGAAGUUUAUGCCGCGAGUGUAGCAACAGCUGGCAUUGCAGAUAAUUGCAUUAGUGAGCAUUAUUUGCAUAGUUGUGAUGAGAGUUGUGUUGAGCCCUGUCACUUAGCUGCGUGUAGAGGUCAGCUGUGGAUUUGUUAUACGUGUCAUAAUAAGAUUAGUAAAGGUGAAGUCCCAGCUGAAUCAUGGAGAAAUAACCUCGAUCUAGACCCCAUUCCUUCAGAACUGGGAUGUCUAAAUAGCUUAGAGCAGCACCUGAUAGCUUUACACAUCCCAUUUAUGAAGAUGUUAGCGUUGCCUAAAGGUGGUCAGAAUGGUGUACAUGGGCCUGUAACAUGUGUUCCGGCCAACAUUGUACAGACCACCAAUGUCUUGCCGCGGUCCAGUAUGGAGGGGUCUCUGCUUCAGGUUAAGUUGAAACGUAAACUGACCUAUAAAGGUCACUACGAGUAUCAGUUUGUUGAUACAUUGCGUGUAAGGCGGGCGCUAGAAUAUUUGAAGAGGACAAAUGCAUUGUAUAAAGACAUUGAAUUUAACGAGGAGUGGAUAAAUGAGUUUUGUAGGCAGGCAGAUGGUGAGCAAGAAGAGCCUGAACCUGAGGAUGAGGAUGUUCAGGUUCAGUCUUCUCAGGUUGAGCAGGUUGUUGGAGAGGGUGAGGUUAGCCAGGCUGAGGAUGUUGCAGCAAAUGUUGAUGAUGUAGAUGAGGAAUCAGCAGACAUAGUGCAAGAUGAACUGUUACAUGAUAGACAACAGCACUGCAUGUUUCAGGACACUUGCUUAUUUCCUGUAGACAUCGGGCAAGAAAGUUUAGACCAGUAUUUUGAGGAUAUUGUGAGUAUAGCGCCUGCAGAGGGAAACAGUCCAGUUAGGAUGCUUUCUGACCAUUUGAAUGAAGCAAAGUGUUUCCCGGUGUUGUUUCCUCUGAGUACUAAGACCUUCCAUGAUAGUCGCAUGCAUCAUUUAACAUUGUCGCGUUAUUUUAAUAAUAGGAUCAUGCAUGCCGACGGCCGUUUUGCACGGAAUGUUGAGUAUAUUUUUUAUAGUCAGUAUAUGUCUGAAAUGGAUCAGGUUGUGUCGAGUGUUUCUGUUGCGAUGCGUAAGGGUAAAGGAGGUCAGAAGUCUCAGAGGAUCAGUGUGAGCAUGCUUCAAGACGAGAAGUCUUUGAAGCAGUUUUUGGAGUUUGACGACGGUUAUCGGUUCCUUCGGCCCAUACGUGGAACGCCAGCCUUUUGGUCUUCUGUGCAAAAGGAUCUCAUUGCGUCCGUGAGACAGUUAGGUAUUCCUACGUUUUUUGCGUCGUUUUCGUCUGCAGAUCUGCGCUGGCAGAAUCUCCUUGCCAGCAUCCUGAAACAGGAAGGCAGAAGGCAGACGGUAGAGGAUUUAGAGUGGGCCGAUAGGUGUGAGUUGUUGCGUCGCAACCCAGUUACAGCUGCGCAGAUGUUCAAUUACAGAUGGCACUGUUUUUUGAAUGAAGUUCUCAUGUCUCCUGCUCAACCAAUUGGCAAGAUUGUUGAUUACUUUUAUAGGAUAGAAUUCCAACAGCGGGGGUCUCCCCAUGUUCAUGCGCUGUUCUGGAUCGAGGGAGCUCCCCAAAUUUACAAAAACACAGAUGAAGAGGUUGCAGAGUUCAUUGACCAGUAUAUUACAUGUGAGCUACCCUCAGACGAUGACACGCUAUUGGACAUCGUGUCAUCAGUUCAGACACAUUCGAAGAGACAUUCAAAGUCGUGUAAGAAAAACAAAACGCAAUGUCGUUUUAAUUUUCCAAAACCAGUUUCUGCACGCACAUUCUUCUGCAAAAUCGAGGAAUGCCGUUGCACAGAUUCAAAUGACAAGCCAUUGUGCACGUGUCGGGAGGAUUUAGAUAAGAAGAUGCCUAAGGAGCUAGCUCAGUCCAUUCUGACUAGAGUUAAAAAUGCCAUGGAGAGGGAAGAGCCUUUUGCUAGUGUAGAACAGUUGUUUGCCAGUGUGGGCAUUAACCAGGCAAUCUUUGAGAUGGCUUAUAGGCGGUUGGAGAAAAAGAAUAGGGUGGUUUAUCGACGAGGGGUAAAUGAAACUUGGAUUAAUCAAUAUAACAAGAAUUUGCUUAAGUGCUGGAAUGCUAACAUGGACAUUAGCUUCGUCACCGACGCCUACGCAGUCAUCAUAUACAUCGUAUCGUAUAUUACGAAAGCAGAGAGAGAAAUUGGCCUGUUAUUGAGCAAUGCCCAAAAAGAAGCAUCAAAACAAGGAAAUCUCUCUGCUAGAGAUGCUAUGAAAAAGCUCGGCAGUGUAUAUUUACACAACAGAGAUGUCUGUGCUCAGGAGGCGGUGUAUAGGCUAACGAACAUGCAUUUGAAGGAGUGUUCCAGGAAGGUUGUGUUCGUUCCAACAGGGAACAACAUUGUGAAAAUGAGUUUGCCCCUCGGUGUUUUGUUGCAAAGGGCAUCCUCUCAUGGUAUUGGGUCAGAGGAUAUGUGGAUGACUAGCAUCGUAGAUAGAUACAGGAAUAGGCCCGAUGGUGAUGUGUUUGACGACAUGUGCAUUUGUACUUUUGUGUCGGAGUAUCGUGUUCUCACCAAGAAUGAAAAAUCUCCAAACCAAAUUCAAUUGAAAGGCGGUUUGGGAUUCAUCUUGAGGAGAACACGAUCUCAGUUUGCGGUUGUGCGGUACAUGCGUUUUGAUUUAGAAAAACAGGAGGAAGCCCACUUUCAGAGUCUGUUGCAGUUGUUCCUUCCUUAUAGAGCUGAUUCAGAGCUCAAGCCCGAAGGCUUUGCGCUCUUCAAACAGUUCUAUGAGGAAGGGCAGGUGACGUUGGCUGACGGCUCCGUGCGUUUGGUGCAGGAUGUCGUCGAUGAGAAUAGGGCCAAGUUUGAAGUGGACUGUCCUCAUUUAGAGCGCGCUCAGGAAAUUGUGGAGAAGUUAAAUGGUGUUGAUGAAGAUGUGUGGGGGGAGCUUUGUCCUGAGCAGGAAGUCGAACGUUUAGAAUGCUUAGAGGACAGACAGCAGCAGCAGCAGCAGGCGGAGAUACAGGAUGAGCAGUUGGUAGAAUCUGAAGAAAAUGUCCCCGAUUUGUUUGUUGGUGGUAGACAGGUAGCUCAGUUUGAGAAAAACACCACCAUUUUGUCUAGGACUGAGGGUUUAGCCUUGAUUCAUUCUCUGAAUGAUACGCAGAAGGCUGUUUUUGAUAGGAUUAGGAAGUGGUGUUUAGAUAAGGUGAUGGGUAAAAACCCUGAGCCUUUGCAUGUGUUUUUGACAGGUGGCGCAGGGACGGGGAAAAGUCAUUUAAUCAGAGCUAUCCAAUAUGAGGCAGGGAGACUGCUGUCAACACUUUGUGAUCGACCAGAUGCUAUUUCUGUUUUGUUAACAGCUCCCACAGGCGUAGCUGCAUAUAAUUUAAAUGCAGUAACAAUUCAUCACGCAUUGAGUAUUGGUAAACAGGUUAGCUUACCUUACAUUCCUUUGGGUGAAGAUAAGCUAAACUCUUUGAGAGCUCAAUUGAGUCACCUCCAAAUUCUAAUCAUCGACGAGAUCAGCAUGGUAGAUCACAAUCUGUUGGCUUAUGUGCAUUGCCGGUUGAGGCAGAUUAAGCAGUCGGGCGACUUUUCCCCUUUUGGUAAAGUUAGUGUCAUAGCUGUAGGGGACUUUUAUCAGUUGCCACCCGUUAAAGGGAGGCCUCUGUACACCAGUCAGGUGGGUGUGGACCUGUGGUGUCAUUUUAGUAAGGUGGAGCUCACAGCAGUCGUUAGGCAGAAGGAUAGUGUUUUUGCUGAGCUGCUGAAUAGAUUGAGAGUGUGUUCGAAGAAAACCCCCUUAUUGAAUAGUGACGUUGCGCUUUUAAAGUCCCGUGAGACAGGGGAAGAGACCUCGGCUUUGCAUAUCUUUCCAACUAAUAUGCAAACCAGUGAGCAUAAUCUUAAACGGUUGUUUGCAACUUGUCCAGAUUAUACCACUAUAGAGGCUCAAGAUUUUAUGAACAGUAAGAAAACGGGCAAAUUAGAGGAGAUGGUAGGGCAUCACAGCAGAGCAUCGUACACGUGUUUACCCGAGAAAUUGUGUUUGGCUCGGAACGCACGUGUAAUGCUUUGCAGAAACAUUGACGUUGUAGACGGUCUGGUCAAUGGAGCAUGUGGAACUGUUACUCAUAUUGAGUUUGGACAGGACAAAGGUUUCCCUCUCACAGUUGUUAAAUUUGAUGAUGAAAAAAUUGGCUCACAGAGGAGAAAGCAACGUUCACAUGCUGCAGUAGAAUGCUGUAAUUCUACUGCCAUUGAUCCCGUUCAGGAGUCGGCCACUGCACGGGGUGGUCUGCGUCGUCAGUUUCCUCUUAGGCUAGCGUGGGCUUGUACUGUACAUAAAGUGCAGGGUUUGACUGUAGAUGAGGCCGUUGUUUCGUUCGAUAAGGUGUUUGCACCUGGGCAGGCGUAUGUAGCGCUUAGUCGUGUCAGGGCUUUGUCUGGACUCGUCAUCAGGGAUUUUAAAGAGAAGGCCAUUUACUGCAAGGACACCAUAAAGGAGGCCUUGGAUAGCAUGCCUCCAUUUCUGAUUGAGCAGCCACAGCCUUCAUUAAAUACACACAGUUUCUCUGUGUAUUUAAUGAACGUUCAAAAUUUAAGUCGCCACCUGUCCCAUUUGGUGUCUUGCACACAGCAUUUACAGCCUAACUGUAUUGCUGUGACAGAGACGUGGCUCAGUGCACAAUCCUCAACAGGCAGUGUUGACAUUGACGGUUACAUUUUCCACAGUCGUCCUCGAGCCUUGUGUUACAGCAGUAGUAACCCCAAAUUGUCUGAGCUUAGGGACCUAGAACAUGGUGGAGUAGGCUUGUAUACAGCAGGUGAUUUGGACUGUGAGAUUCUGCAGGUGCCCGAUUUGAAUUUGGAGUGUUUGGUGUGCCUGUGUAGCAAAUUGAACAUCGUGAUGGCAGUAAUUUAUCGUCCACCGUGUUAUCCAAAUUCAUUAUUCAAACAGAAUCUGGGGAAGUUACUAGAUUGGUUGAAUCCAAUCAGUAACACAAUUGUUAUAAUGGGGGAUUUUAAUGACGACAUUUUGAAAAGACCAUCAAUUUGUAAAUUUAUGGGCCAAAAAGGAUAUAUUCAGCAUGUAACGCAAGAGACAACAGAGAAGGGGACACUGAUUGACCACGUUUAUGUCAAAACAACACGGUAUGAUGUGGAUUGUACAGUGAUAUCUGCGUACUUUAGUGAUCACGAAGCCAUCUGGUGUGGUUUUCGUGUUAAAGAUCAGGAUUUAUUAGAAGAUGUAGAUUUGCUGUUUGCAGAGGAGUUUGAAGAUUUAGAGGGUUUUUUCGAUGACGAGUCCGAUGUAGAGUAGAUUA